UUCCGUGAAACAGAGGAGCUCAGACAGACCACACCCUCUCAAAUACGGAAUACAUUACAGUUACACUACAUUUAGGCAACACCUAUAGCCCAGAUGCUCCAUUUCAACUAUCCAAUCCCUUUUAGAUUCAUGAACGCUUGAGGAAUUUAAAGAAGUAGGAGCAAGGAGCCUACAAGAAACUGGGCCAGAGAGAAACCUGGUUCAGUACGCGGCUAACCGGCUAACCGCGGGAUCUGUGGACUUGUAGACGCACGUCUUCACGCUCUUCCGUGAAACAGAGGAGCUCAGACAGACCACACCCUCUCAAAUACGGAAGAGUGAACUUUUCCACUGCAUCAACCAGCUACUUUCUGAGCUCAACCCCCUGUCCCUUCAGUGAGCAGACGGCUCGGAAUGGAUACUGAUGCCAGCGCGCUUAAGGAGCUACACAGCGAGCUCAGCUGUCCCGUAUGCCUCGACCUCUUCCGUGAGCCGGUGAUCCUCGAGUGCGGACACCACUUCUGCCAUGUAUGCAUUACGCAGUGCUGGGAGGCCAAGUCCGACGAGCACCCGACUUGCCCGCAGUGCCGGAAGACAUGCCCUCAGAAGCUGCGUCCUAACUCACUUCUGUGUCAUGUCGUGGACAGCGUGAGGAGAGCCCGAUCCAUGGAUUUGAAACCCGGGGACACGGAGCGCGCGCAGGAGGAUACAGAAGAACGACAACGGGGAGCCAGUAUGCCCAGCUCCGGUUUCAGUUUCACCGGUUCUUCUCAGCGCCACGAGCCAGACCUUUGCGAGGAGCACGAGGAGAAGCUGAAGCUAUACUGUGAAGAUGAUCAGCUCGCGAUCUGCCUGGUGUGCGGGAUGUCCCGAGGCCACAAGACGCACAACGUCAUCCCCAUCAAUGAGGCGUUCGAGAACUACAAGGACAAGCUGUCCAUAGCCCUGGAGAGAGUACAGCUCCAGACAGGACAGGCUUCUCUCCAUCAGGUCCAGACCAACAAUAAGAUCAUGCUCGUCAAGGAGCGAGCUGGGGAGAUGGAGGUGCAGGUGAGUGCAGAGUUUGGACGUCUGAGGGAGUUCCUUCUCCAGGAGGAGGAGAGAGUGAAGGAGAGACUGCAGAGGGAGAAGGAAAAGAGGCUCAACCAAUUGGAUGAGGCCCUCAAACGCACCACAAAGCAAAUCAGCCAAUUAGAGCAAACCGCCGACCAGCUUCACAUCAAACUCCGAGAGGAGGAGAACCCGGCACAACUCAGGGGAAUCAAAGAUUUUAUUGGAGGGACAGAGAGUGUGUUUGAGGGCCUCCCGGAGGUGAGUGUGGAUCUGCAGGAGGGAGAGUUCCUGGGACCACUGCAAUACCGCACCUGGAGGAGGAUGAACUCUGGGCUUCAGCCAGGUGUGACAGCAGUGACUCUGGAUCCAGACACAGCUUACCCUAGGCUGUGGGUGUCCCCGUGCUGCACCCAGGUCAGUGUGGGGGACAUCCAGCCCAACCUGCCCAACAACCCUGAGCGCUUCACCCGCUACAACAUCGUCCUGGGCAGCCAGGCCUUCACUUCAGGGCAACACUACUGGGUGGUUGAGGUGGGCACCAAGACGGCCUGGGGGCUGGGGGUGGCGACCGCUUCGGUCAACAGGAAGGACGAGAUCAGCCUGUGUCCGGACGAUGGCUUCUGGACCCUGGUGAUGAGAGACGGGCGGGACGGGAGUGAGUACGAGGCCUGCACAAACCACGAGGAGAGCCUGCUGCACCCCCCUCGCCCCCCCAGGAGGGUAGGGGUGUACGUGGACUACAGGAGGGGUGUUGUGGCGUUUUACGACGCAGGAGAUAUGAGUCACCUGUUCACAUUCUCCGACGCCACAUUCACAGAGCCGGUGUUCCCCUACUUCAACCCCUGGCCAAUCAUCAACGGGAGAAACCGGGAACCUCUUAUUAUUGUUAGCCCAGACCUGGAGGUGUGAAUGAACUGUUAAGAAUUGUUAUGAACUGUCUGAGAAAUAGCAGAGAACUGUUAACAAUGUCAGAGAAUGUCAGAGAACACUGAAAACCAAAUACAAGAAAGUCGAACAAGGUUAGAAAAGCUGUGAGAAACAGCAUCAUACUCACUAAUGUACUAACGAUGUACCAUUGUUCACUGUUUUGUCAUUUAUGUUACCAUGGAUAAUGUUUUGUGUUUGAAGAGAGCACAUGCCAGUCGACUUUAAAGUAAGCCACAUGGAAAAAAUAAUUGAAAAGUACCUUAAAUAUAACAUUCUUAUCCUUACAAAUGGACAGUGUGAACAUUAAAUUACAAUUUCAUAGUAUUAUUCUAUAAAGUAUACAUAGUAAGAUGACAGUGUAUUUGAUAUUUUAAUUAAAGAGUAUAUACUGUA